AUGGGACUAGGGGAAGAUAGUGGGGACAUCAUCCCACCACAGGGGAAGAUUGGAGACUGUGGGGAAGAGGUCUCAGAUCAGAACCUACCCAACUCUCCCCAUGUACCAAGAGCUUCACUAGUCCAGAACCACUUGCUUCUUGUCCAUGAAGAAUGGAAGAAGGAGACCUUGAGGCAACUUCAAAAGAUGGUCCACGAUAUCAAGAACAAUGAAGGUGGAAUAAUGAACAAAAUCAAAAAGCUGAAAGUCAAAGCACCUCCGAGUGUUCCUCAAAGGGAUUAUGCCUCAGAGAACCCUGCUGACGAAGAGGAGCAGUGGUCCGAUGAUUUCGCCCUCAGAUCUCAAAACCAGGCUUUUAAACUCCACGGUGCUUGCUGUGACCAAGAGGACCGUAGCAGAUGCUGGGGACCACAGAGUGAGCGAGGGACCCGGCCACAUCUUUGCCUACAGAUUUUCCCCAAUAGCAUCAAUGUAACCACCUAUACAUGCUUAACUGAAAGAAGCCAAAGAUGUGCCUGUAUUUCUGAGCUUCUCGGGAAGGCCAGCCUCACUGUGACCAUCGGCCCCAGGUUCAGGAGUUGGGGACUGACCUGUGUGUGUGUUUGUGCAGGUCGUAAGAGCGGGGCCUGGGACGCUAAGUCACCUUCUCCUGCUGCACCAUCCCCGCUGCCCAGGGCCGGGUGUGUUCCUGAAGAGUGUGGAAAUGAAGCCCCGCUGCUCUGUUCUCCUCCUCCACCCCCAUGGCAUGCUUCAAGUUGGACGAGGGGGUCCCCUGCUGAAAAUGAGACUAGCAGCCUUUCCUCCCCUAAAUUUUUAUUCAAAUCCCUUUCAGGAUUUCCAGAAGGGGGAGGCUCAACUGUGGAUGGCCUAUUUUCAUCUAACCCCCAUUUGUCAGAACAGGAAGCGGACCUUCACUGCAAGCAAUGGUACGCUGGUGCCUGCGAUCGGAAGUCUGCUGAAGAGGCUUUAUACAGAUCAAACAAGGAUGGAUCAUUUCUUAUUCGGAAAAGCUCUGGCCAUGAUUCCAAACAGCCAUAUACACUAGUUGUAUUCUUUAAUAAGCGAGUAUAUAAUAUCCCUGUGAGAUUUAUUGAGGCAACAAAGCAGUAUGCCUUGGGCAGAAAGAAAAAUGGUGAAGAGUACUUUGGAAGUGUUGCUGAAAUUAUCAAGAAUCAUCAACAUAGCCCUCUGGUUCUUAUCGACAGUCAGAAUAAUACAAAAGAUUCAACAAGACUGAAAUAUGCAGUUAAAGUUUCAUAGAUUUUUUUGAAAAAGGUCAACAUCAUUGCUUCAGACAUUUUACUUAUUUCUAGUUUUGAGAAAAAGUCCCCAAACUUCAUAUUUUGAAUUCUGAAUCAUCCAGUAAUAGGAUAGAAGAUGGAGGCAGCUACUGAGGUGGUCAUCCAUUUCUUUAUAAGAAGCCACAUGGACUUGUUCUAUUGCCUGACCUGAUGAACUGUGAAUAUUUGGUGAGGUUGAGUUAUCAUGCUACUAAUAUUCUCCAAAUAAACGUCUUUAUUUAAAAGAAAUAGGUGUAAAGUCUUUUUAGUCAUGUAAGAAAAUAACACUCUAUUUUCAAAAUAAGAAAAUAAUACUCUUGGAUUAAAACAAAGCUGCUGGAAAUUUGGGUCACCACAAUGGUCACCGGUACGCUAAUGUAAUGUCUACUGCCAAUGCUUGACAAUUAUGUCUUGGUUGAAAUUGUAAUGUGUAGAAAAUAAAAUAUAGAUAAUGUGCAAUAUUUAUAAGUGCAGAUUAAGGGGGAUGUCCAUUUUGUGAGUGGGAAACUGCAACUAAGCCAUAGGAGAUGUAUAUAGAUAUGAACUUUCUAGAAGUUCUUGUCCACAAUUAUGUUGUUAGCUUUGCUUAUUAAAAAUAAUUAUAC